GUGUGUGUGUGUGUGUGUGUGUCCAGGCUCUGCUCUCCAGGCGACUCCUCCUCCUCCUCUAAACAUGGCGCCGGCCCGCAGCAUUGCUGCUUCCCCGACAGACGACGCAGAGAGGGACAGAAGGAGGAGAAGAAGAAGCGGGUAGUAUCCCACCCUGAACGUGUUUCAGAAACUGUUAGAAAACUAACACAACUUCACGCUCUUUAAAGUUUCUCCCGGAGACUUUACGUGCAGCUUUUGGAGACGUUUACGCGCCAGGCUGUGCGCGUAACGGAGAGCCCACCUGUCCGACGAAGGUAGAUUCGUUUCUUCUAGGAUGUGAAUCUCCCUGAUUUAUGUGAAAUAACGGAGCAGACUGAGCAGACAGACGGGUAACUCGGGGUCAGAGCUGGCUCUGGUAAAAACAUGUGCAGCCCUCUGAGGAGCAGAAACACAGAGGUGGUAGAGCACUGAGGCUUUCCAGGGGAAAAAACGACUUUUUCCGCUCUUCCACGCCGAGAGGAUGGAUGGAGAACACUCUGCGCUGUCAGGAGUUGAGAGGGAAAGAGAGAAGCUUCCACCAAUUUACAACAGCUCCCCUCCUGCUGGUUUGGGGCGAGGAGCUAAGCAGCCGUUUCCGUCUCUGGGCACCUUCAUCUCCACACCGAGCCAGAGGAGGGAUGCAGGGGGGCGGGGCUUGGCAGGCGGUAUGACGGGCACCCUGACCAGUACCCAGUGGCUCAGACACGGGAGAGAGCUGCCUCCGAUCUGCAGUGAUGUCCGUCAAAAGCAGCGGCUCUCCAUUGACACUCUGCCCCCAGAAGUCAAAGCUCCGUUUCCCUCCGACCCCAUCAUCCCUCUGCGUACCAAGACCACCAAGGAGUUUCAAGAGGACAUGGAGCGUGCCGUCCAAUCAGGUGACUGGAGGGAGGUCCGAGAGUUUUACCUGACCACCUUCGACUCCUUCAUAGAAAUCAACGCUGCCUUCAAGCGAGAGGCGAAUGGAUCGUUUAACACUAUAGAUGACUCAGGAGUCAAUGCCAAGUUUGUCAACGCUGUUUACGACGCACUGCUCAGCACACCUCAGGACAUCCAGAAGUCAGUGCUGAAAGGGAUCAUCAACAGCCUGCUAAGGGAGUGGAAAGGGCCUCGGACAAAAGAUGACCUGCGAGCCUAUUUCAUUCUUGUUCAGAACCCCCAGUAUUCGAGCACCAGCACCUAUGUGAUCUACGCUCACCUGCUGAGGCAGAUCGCAGCUCUGUCUGAGGCUGACCACCACUUCCUGGUUCACUGGCUCAAAAAGCUGUCGGCGAGGCGUUUCAGGCAGCUGGUAGAGCGCCUCCUGCAGUUCAUCUCCACCCGUCUGUUUCCUGCAGAACCAGACGAACUUCCUCCUCUGGCCAAGUGCUCCUGGUGGAUUCCCUCUGCUACCAAAGUGCUCGGCCUGUUCAAUGCAGCCAACAGUGUCUCCUCUCCUCCCAUCAUGCCUUUCACCGACUUCUACAACAUCACUCUGGAGCACAUAGACUUCAUGGAGGAGUACAGGACCUGGCAGAACUACGGAAACUCAAAUAGGUUUUCCUUCUGUCAGUUUCCCUUCAUCCUUUCGACAGUGGUGAAGAAAGCCAUCAUCCAGAAAGACUCCGAGCAACAGAUGAUCAGUCAGGCCAGGCAAAGCCUGGUCAGUAAGGUUUCUCGCAGGCAGAGAGUGGACAUGAACCUUCUGUUUCUCAACAUUAAAGUACGACGAGCACAACUCCUCAGCGACUCACUGGAUGAGUUGACAAGGAAGCGGUGUGACCUGAAGAAGAAGCUGCGGGUGACGUUUGUCGGGGAGGCGGGGCUGGACAUGGGUGGCCUGACGAAGGAGUGGUUCCUGCUGCUGGUCCGACAGAUCUUCCACACAGACUACGGAAUGUUCACCUAUAUGAAGGACUCGCGCUGCCAUUGGUUCAGCAGUUGGAAGUGUGACAACUAUUCUGAGUUCCAGUUGGUUGGGACUCUGAUGGGCUUAGCAGUUUACAACAGCAUCGCUCUGGACAUCCACUUCCCACUCUACUGUUACAGGAAGCUCCUCACUCCACCUACUGUACCAUGUGACCAGAAUGCCCUUGUCGGCAUGGCAACCACCACCCUGGAAGACCUGCAGCAGAUCAUGCCGGAGCUGGCUCAUGGUUUGGGAGAACUGCUAAGCUACGAGGGAAACGUAGAGGAAGAUUUCUACCUCACCUUCCAGGUGUUCCAGGAGGAAAUGGGCGUGGUCAAAUCCUACAACCUGAAGACUGGAGGAGACAAAAUCCCCGUCACCAAGCAGAACAGGAAGGAGUAUGUCCAGCUCUACGUUGACUUCCUGCUGAAUAAAUCCAUUUAUAAACAGUUUGCUGCCUUCUACCACGGCUUCCACAGUGUGUGUGCCUCUGAUGCGCUCAUGUUGCUGCGGCCGGAGGAGGUGGAGAUGUUGGUGUGCGGGAGUCCAGAGCUCGACAUGAGCAUUCUGCAGAAAGCUGCUCAGUAUGAAGGAUACAGCAAGACAGACACCACCGUACGGUGUUUCUGGGACGUGGUGUUGGCCUUCCCUCUGGAGCUACAGAAGAAGCUCCUCCACUUCGCCACAGGAAGUGACCGUGUUCCUGUAGGAGGAAUGGCCGACCUCAACUUCAAAAUCUCCAAGAUCGAUGUUCCAACUGACUGGUUGCCGAUCUCUCACACCUGUUUUAAUCAGAUCUGUCUGCCUCCAUAUCGAACCAGGAAGGAGCUCAAACACAAACUCACCAUCGCCAUCUCCAACGCUGAAGGCUUCGGCCUGGAGUGACCAGCCUGCGCACACACACACACACACACACACACACACAGAGACUGUUAGCGGAACUAGCUAUCUGUCUGCCACAACUACCACAACGCACCUUAUAUAUCUCUUUGGUCGUGGAUCAGACUGUAGAGGGAACAAGUUUCUCAACAAGCGAGUUAUAGGUUGAAACAAUAUUGUUAUGUACUGUACAGCAGGUUGUAUUUUAAUAUUGGGGUUGGACAGCUCAGUUUGUGAAUGUUGAACUUUAAUUUGCAGCAGAUAAGAUGGGAACUUCCCACUGCAACAGCCAUUGAGAAACACUAGAAGUCCUUUUAUUUGCACAUGGACUGUGUUAGUUUUAUUAUAAGACAGCCCUGAAUGAAGAAAAUUGAAUGAAGAAAUUAUGAUUUUUAGUUAGAUUUAGUCAGUAGAUGUCACACAUGUUGGCCUUCCAAACACUUUACUGGUCAAAUCAUGGUUACAGUUUCAUGAAUGAAAAUUGAAAUAUGUCUGGUCCCAUACCCCUGAAAAUAUAUCAAUCAUAUGUGUUCUCUAGAAACCUUGUAUCACCAAAAGGUUAUUUUAAAUAAUAACAGGUUGCUGGUUUGUUCGGGUAAUUAUUAUUAUUAGUAUUACUAUUCUUCAAACAGAGAACCAGGUAUUUGUUCACCAUUGACAUUUACUUUUGUGACGCUGUUGAAUGGUCCUCUAUUUUAUGGUCCAGCGUAAGCAGAGUAAGUCUUCAUUAAGCCGGUAGGAUUUGUAAAUGCAUCUUUUUCUCUCCGUUUAAACCCUCCAGCCAGACUAAAACAAUAUUUUUCUCCUCCCAAAAUGGAGCUUUUCCAAAACAGCCUCAGGGUAUGUAAAUGUUAAAAUGCCAGCUUGGUGUUUCAGUGUGUAUGGGGAAAAGUGAGCUUUUCCAAAACAAUGACAUAAGCAGCCCAGUGAGGGCCGGGGGCUGUGUGCCAAUAAUUUAGUCGUCUCUAACUUUCUCUGUGAUUGUUCAUUUUAAAUGCCAAUAUAGCUGAACACAGCAGAGAAGUGGAUUUAUGUGGAUUUUGUCAGACGACGUCGCAACCAUAAAAUAAUGAUUUGAUCAGCCGGCUCUCUGUGCUACCCCUUACAAGAUGUUGGCUGUGACGCAGUUUUUUUGUUUGAACUGAAAAGAGGUCAGAUUUACUUUCUGUCACUGUGGACAGAGGUCUCUACUAAAACUACCUGGAAACGCUAGUGUGGAUGGAAGUCAUUUUCACACGAAAACUGCGUUUUAAAAUUUAGACGACUUAAUGUAGACGUAGUAAAUGCUCUAGUUACACGUAUUCAAUAAGAAAUAUUACAUUCUUGAGUAUUCAGUAUGUAUAAAAUUUAAGUGUGAGGUAAAAAUAAUAGAAGUAAUAUAGAGGGAAGUAUUUUUAUGACAGCAAUAUGCUACAACACAUGUAAAAAAUUUAAGUAAAAGGCACAGAACAGUGUCAAAAAAAUAUUAAUUGGAAUAUAAGAUUUCUGAAGGACACUCAAGUUUUGAGAUGUAUGGUUUUAAUAUUUCCCGUUUUAGUGUCGAUUCUGACUUCACUGCUUUGGUGACCUUUUAAAUAUUUUUAUGAAGGCAUAGGAAAUGUGUUUUAUUUCAUUUUGCAGCACACUGUCAGGAUAUAAAGCUUUGCUGGGAGAAGAACCCUAUCAUGUAUCAUGAGAUAUAGAUUGUCUUGUGAAGUUUUGUUAUUGUUGUUUUUUGACAUUGUUGCCUUAGUGAACAAAAGGCUGCAGCAGAACUGUUUUAUUUUGUUUUAAAUGUUGUAAUAUAAUAUAGUUGACCCAGGGCUGUUGAUUGACAGUUCGGUGUAUGUUUUGGUUCUCUCAUGUUGUUAUGUUGUAUCAUGGCUGCCAUCAGGCUGAGAGAUGACCAACAGCCUGCAGCUAGAAGCUGGUAGAUGUUGACUGUUAGUCGAGUAUGGAACAGAAGAUGAAGCAGAAUGGGAAAAGAAGCCAUCUUCUGGAUGUCCUGUUCUGUUAUUAACAUGUAGUUGAAUAGUCAGAGAUUUAUAUAUAUAUAUAUUAUAUACACACACACACACACACACACACCAGUUGAGAUGUUUCAGUGAUUAUGGCUAAGUACUUAUAGAUUAGUACAUAUAAUCACGGCCCUGCAAAACAACUUCAGAUAAGCACUUAGCAUGCAGUGCUUAUAAAUUUCAAUCUUAGAAAUAAGAACCCACCGUAUGUCCUCGGAAAAUCCAAAGUAGCGUGUAAUUUCUUCCUCAUUUAGCGACUGAAGUUCUGCUUUUAAGCCCUGUGCUCACUGCUGUCAAGGGUGGUCAGAAAUUUUAUUGCAGCAAUAUUCACAAAAUGAAUAAUGUUUUCCACCUGCUUUUUUACUUCGUGGAAAGUAGUGCAACUUUCAGUAUUUUUAAAAAAUGGAAAACAACUGAUAAGUUGCACUACGUGCAGCUCUGAAAACCAGAACUAAUAAUCGGGACUGAUUAUGAUGCACCAUUUAUUCUUUACAUGGUUGUUCAAUAUAAAGGUUCUCAGCUGCACUUUGUAUAAGUUGUGAUUUUUUUCUUCUUGAAUUCUCAGUUGUAUCUUCCUUCAAGUGGUUGCUUAUUUUCAAGAUUCAGUGGAUGCUUGUGGUUCUAGUGCUUUGUUUGUGGAAAGCUUUUACAUUCACUCAAGUAACCAGCUUACUCAGGUAAUCGGUUAGUGCAGAUCAGCUUGUACAUGCAGCACGUCAUUAGUUAGUCUCCUCCCCCGACCUUAUUUUGGAACCUGUCUGUCAGAUCGCAGUGCCCUUCUCUCCAGUGAUUCUCAAUAUCGCGCCACAUCACAUUGUGUUUCAACAAGAAUUACAUCACAUUAAUAAAGUAAAGAUGCUAGUUCACUGGGCCUGUAAAUCAAUAUUACUUGCAAACAGUGGGUCAGUGACGUAUAUAAUCAGACAGCCAUGAUGUGAGCGCUACAAAUGCUGGUGGCAUCCAAACUUUCUGCCCCUGGUGUAGCUUCCUGUAACUUUUCUUGGCUUUCAUGCCACUGCUGUCUCUUUUCCAGAACUGAGCAUUGCUGGUUUUAAACACGCAGCACUCUCUUAUAUAAAAGGUUGCCAUGGCAAGAUGUCUAAAGUCCUAAAGAAGAACUGGCAAAAAACCCAAAGUUACCAAGCAACAGUCAAGCAGCUUGUAUGGUUGCACUGUCCAAACUCACAGCAGUCUGAUCUGGGUCACUCAUUCACUCACUGAGCGUCUAUAGGGUCUGAAAAGGCCCCCCAUACAACAAUGGAUCCUUUCUGUCAUUUGACGACAAGUCCAGAGCAACAGCAGGAGCCAGAAGCAGCUCUUCUCUACGCAUCUGUUUGAGAAGGACUUGUGUCACGUUCACAUCACACCAGACUUAUUGUAAAAACAAGCUGCUGACUGGAACAAAUGUCAGCAUCCUUAUGCUGAACCCAAAAAGGACACAUCUUAUGGCUUUGAAGUGGAAGAUGUCGUAGGAGGAACUCAUGUUUGGACAAAUGGGAUAAUGUGAUGUCAGAGAAGUUGUUUUUUGAUAUGUUAAUCUGACCCAGGUCUGUUGUAUGUGAAUGGGACCAAACUGUGUCAGGUAAUACAGUGGGAUGGCAGUGUAACGACCGUGUCAGAAAUCAGUUUGAAAAUAGUUCAAAUGGAUUCAAAGGAUUUGUUGAGAUGUAAUUAUUUUCACUUGUCAGAAAAGUGCAUAAAGCACUUAAAAAGUAGGAAAAAACUCAUGUUUUUUUUUUUUAACCUUCAGGUUCAUCAGUAUCUGUCAAAUGUUGUGUACACUUAGUUCUGUUGGGUUUUAAAUAUGAAUUUCAAGAGUUUGUAAUAACUAUCUCUCGAGUGAAUGAUCACGCAUGACUCAUGACUUAUUAUGCUUCUCUGUUCCCCAAGUCUUAUGUAAUAUACUGUAUGUAAUGCAGUGUUUCCACUAUUUUCUGUACAGUAAAGGUUGACUGGGGGUCGUCCCUCUCUAGAAAAAGA